AUGACUCCAUACAUGUAUUCACAACUAUAUAAGAGUCAUCCGGCAUGCCUGUUCUGCAUAUUUGCUUCCUUGACAGAAUCUGAGAAACGACACAUUUUCAUUAUACCACUAACUUACUUCGCUAUCUGCAUAAUUUACGAGGACAUCUCCCUUAUCGAAAGUCAGGGUUACUUACACAAAAUGCCACCCAUCGAAGAUGAAUCUGAGUCUCGCAACGGUCCCUCUCCUGCUGAGGAUCCAAACGCAAGGUAUCGUCCUUCUGUCACAUACAUCCAGGGACCGCCAGAGACCGUCAUUGUCUCACAAGGAUUUGGCAUCAACCUCCUCAUUAUUAUCCCCGAGGACGACAACCAGCCCCUCGCAUCUAACGAGUCUAACGAGUCUGACGAGUCUGACGAAUCUGGCCAGGGGACUCCGAUGGAUAUACGGAUUACUGUUCUCGAUGGAGAGACGGAAGUGGCCGAACUCGAGGAUCUGGAGGGGCUCCCUCUUAUGGACAACGCUGAUGGUGGGAAUUUCGUGAUCGAGGACCUCAGAAUCCGUGAAAACAGGAGGCUGGUCUCUGGCCGGCAGUAUACCCUUCAGGUGGAGGUGGAGGUAGACGGAUACAGCAGCGUAUCUGACAGACGGACCUUCAGGCUCGAGCGCCGUUUGGCAAAUGGAACGUAUGGCGAAGCCAGUGCUACGCGUGGUGAUGCCAAUGGUACGAAUGGUAAUGCCAAUGAAAUAAAUGGUCGGGAGAAUGGCAGUUGA